ACAGAAGGCUCUCAGUGUGGAAUGAUAACGGCUAACAAACCGCUUCUCCUGCUCAUUGCUGGGAGUCAAAGCAGCAGCAGUCACGUGACAGCAGCGAAGGCUCAGGCUGAGAGAAAGCGCUUCAUUCGCCAUACUGUGUUUUGUGCCAUAACGCAUUUUUCUCGCAACAUUUUACUCCCACUCGGUGAGUACGUUUUCAGGCCUUUUUGUAACCCUUUUUGUCUUUUCAAUUGCUCCUUUUUAAUUUUUUUCUUUCUCCUUUUGCUGGGGUUUGAACAUUGAGAUUUGAAAAAGUGGUGUUUUUAGGCGUUUUUCGAUCCGUGCCUCAAGUUUUUAUUAUGCAGUGAUUCCUGUCGGGGCUAUUCAGUACUGAGUGACACUGGCCAAAUACGUGUUUGCAGUCGUGUCGAAUCAUGCAACUGGUUUUUGAAUCGCCUUGGCAGUUCCAUUUUUACGUAUGCACUAGUGGUUUUGAAACAUUUUUCUUUUUUGUUGUUGUUUUCUGCCAUUGACUUUUGCUGUAGAUAUGCUUUGCUUGUAUUUUGCGGUGUUGUUCAUGAGAGUUUUGUGAUUUUGAUGUCACCGAGGCGAAGCGUUUGUAUUUUAUUUUGGUCCGUCUUUUCUUUGCCCAAAAGUCAUUUUCAGACCUUUUAACGCAAAACUUUUCUUGCAGCUUAUCUAUCACGUUGGGUUAUUUUUGUUUUUUCUUUCAUUUUUUUUUUUUUGUAAUGCCUUUGAUUUUAAGAUGAACUGAUUUUUUUUUUUGGAUGUGAUCAUUUUUCUCGUAUAUGAUGCAAAUUGGGGUUUCUGUGGAGGGAAUCAUUGUUUCUUUGGGGGAAAUAUCAAUGCAUCUUUGCUUUCAACGAAGAUGAACAGACGAUUCUCCUUUACAGGAGAAGAAUGACGGGGAAGACUCAAACCAGCAAUAUCACAAACAAGAACGACCCACGCUCCCUCAACUCACGGGUCUUUAUCGGCAACCUCAACACCGCCAUUGUGAAAAAGUCAGACAUCGAGGUCAUCUUUGCCAAGUACGGCAAGAUUGUGGGCUGCUCGGUGCACAAGGGUUACGCCUUCGUCCAAUACAUUAGUGAACGGAACGCACGAGCGGCCGUAGCAGGCGAGAACACCAGGAUUAUCGCAGGACAGCCGCUCGAUAUUAACAUGGCCGGUGAGCCCAAACCCUACAGGCCUAAAGCAGGAUCCAAACGACCCCUUGCUGCUGUCUACAGUGGUUAUGAAUUUGAUUAUGAUUACUACAGGGAUGACUUCUACAAUCGGCUCUUUGACUAUCACGGAAGGGUGGCCCCUCCUCCAAGGGCUGUGAUCCCUCUGAAGCAUUCACGGGUGGUUCUUCCAUCCACUCGGCGCGGGAAGAGUUCCUUUCCUAUUAAAACCUCUUCCACUUCUUCCUCCAGACCCCCAUCAUCAUCAUCGUCAUCCUUCUCCUCUGGGCUGAAAUUAAAGUCAAAUCAACUCCAGACUAUCAAACGUGAACUGAUUCAAAUCAAGAUGAAAAUCGACUCGCUUCUGGGCCGCCUGGAGAAGAUCGAGAAACAGCAGAGAGCCGAGUGCGAACCUCAUAGGAAAUAUGAGGAUAACUGCGAUUCGUUGCACGAGGAGUCGAUAUCGGAGGCGGCUGAGAAUUCCGGAGAGGAGGGAGGGGAGGAGCCUCUUGAUGCAGAGGCGGGAGAAAUGACGGAUGGUGGUGAUGAUGACUAUGACGAAGAGGGCAGCACUGAUCUGAUGGAAAAUCAUGUGUCUGAUAUUGACAAUUGAAGAGUCGUCAUCUACAGAGGAAAUCAACUCUGCAUUGAACAGAAGACAAGACAUUCUGCAAAGACUGACAUCUCCUCUUAAAGAGGCACUGAACUCCCUCUAAUGGCGUGAUUAGAGGAAGAGCAAAUAUUUUGACACCAUUUAGCAUCAGUCACUAUUGCUAUUUUCUUUUAAUAGCAUUUGUCAUAUUCAGUCAUAUUUUGAUUUACACUUAUGAUGUAAAUGCAAAAUAAGUUUGUCGAUUUUAAACUUCACGCAAAUAUCAUUUAUUUGCAACAAUCUGUGUGCAAAAUGAGCCUUAAAUGCCAGAAAAAAAUAACUUGUCAUUUUUUAAACCCUCAGUAUUAACAGGAAGUUUGUUUUUAAAUAAUUAUAAAUUAUAAGAGAUUUUAAAAGGUCUGUAUUGAAGUUGAACAAUUAAAUGUUUCAUGAGACUGUCAGCAAAACCUUUUUGUUUCUGUUUGAUUUUUUCUUUCUUUAUUUCUCAUAUUGAGUAUUUGUAUCACCAUGUUGUCUUUUUCCUCACACACUCAUUUCAUAGACAUUUUUAUUUUUUUCUAAAAGUGUUUAGAAUGAUUGUUGUACAGUUGUCCUCCAUGGAUAAAAAAAAAUAUCUAUUUUAGUUUUAAUUCUCAGACUGAAUCAAGUAAAAGAAUAUUUACAAUAUUUAGUCCAAUACUCAGUGUAGUCCAAGACUAACCAAAGAGUUGUAGAUCUGUCCCCUAAGAAAUAUCGUCAGACCAACUCUAAAAAAUGAAUUUUCUCUUAAUAUUUCAUCAUUUGUAAUGAUACUAUUAAUAUGUUGUACUUGUCUUGUACUUGUAUUGCUUUUUGUUUCAUGCAUAGCUGUUUAAAGCAAAAUCACAUGUAGUUGUCACACUGUUUCUGUUCUCUAUGAUGUCAUUCAGUAUAGAGUAUGGCAUAAUGAACUCUAUUUUUGUAAGGCAGAUUUACAGAAAAAUCUUCAGAAUAUUCCAAUUUGUUCUGCUGACAUUUUCAUUCUGCUACUGUACAUAUUUAAUUUGUUUUAAUACAUGUGUAUAGAGAACAAAACAAAAUAACACAAGUAAUGGAUCAUUGGAAAAAUGUGACAACUCUUUUAUAUUUUCAAAUCAGUGUCUUGUUCGAUAAAACCAAUCCAGUCAAUCCAGGCUGAGAAGCCUGGUAUCAUAAGUGAAUAACUUCAUAUUGUAUAGAAAUGUAAACUAUUUGUAAAUAUAUUUUUAUGAUUAGCAUGUUUAUUAUUUUAAUGCAUUUUCAGUUGUUUCAUUUGUUGUCUGGCUGUAGGUUUUGUGGUAUAAGGCUUCCCUUACAAUCACUAUAUAAACAUUUUGAAAAUUAAUCCUUUUUUUCUAGAUUUAUUAUGAAAUAGAACAGAAUAUAAUCUUUAAAUUACAGCUACACAUACAGGCCAACAUAAGAAUUUUAUUAUGAUGGUCAUAGCUAAUAAGUCAUGUAAAAGAAAGAACUUGGCUGUAUUAUUAUUUACCUUUUUGCAAAUUAGCCUUAAAGACUCGAGAAGUUUUCUCACAAUAUUCAAGUACCAUUGCUUAAAAUUCCUUAAAUAAAGUAGUGAGUAAUGUGAGUAAGUACAGUAUGUGCAAUAUAUUAAAUGCAAAGUAAGAGGGAAAACGCUUGUCACAGGUCAUUUCUGUGUAUGUGCGUUUGGUGGGGGAGGGACCACAGCACCUGUCAUAGAUUUGAAUGCACCUGAGUGCAGCUUCAGCAGAUGGUGAAUCAAACACACUCAAUUUAUCAACAUCAAAAGCAAAUGUCUGGGUUAAUUAGGGCCACUGGCCACUUCACAUGGUAUCCGUCCAGUGUAUUAACAUUGUUUGGAUCUCAUUUCUGCAAUAUGCAUGAGACAAUUAACACUGGAACUAAGGAAGUUGUUUAGAAAGCACCAAUUUGAUUAAUUAUAUUAAUAUAAAUGGAAUUCAGCUUUGCAUUAUAAUGGAAAAUGACUGAAAAACCAUUACAUACUGACUUAUUCCUGUUUGACACCCAUAUUUGCAUCAUAUCCUGGAUUUUUUGUGUAAAAAAGA